AAAGCACAUGCUACCCGUUGAUUGACGAAAAACCAUGGCGCCGAAGGCGAAACCGGAAACCAAUGGCGCCCAUGCUUUCUCAUUCUCCCACCAUUUUCCUCCCACCAUCGUUUCUCCUAGAUCCUUUCAAUCACCUUCAAAUUAUCUCUCGGCAUCUCCGUCUACCCCCAUCUCUGUCUCUCUCCCAGGAUUCUCUUCUCUGUCUCUUUCCAAGGCUUUCAAUGAAAUGAAAUGGCGAGGCCGAACGCUAAGCACGUUUCGUCAAGACUCUUCUUUCUCUUCUUGUUUGUAGGCCUUCUAGCGCUCGCUCUGAUUUCUGACUUUCUCUGGGCUUCGUCUUCUUCCUUGGCUUCCGCUUAUUCUUCCCUCGCCUCCAACUGGGCUUCCGAGAAAUCUGGGAGUGUGGUCAUACAUAAUGUCGAAAAGGAAAAAACUGAUGAAGUUAAUAAAGACCCGGCUCCUGGUAGAUUCUUGUCCGCAACCUACGCUGAUAUACCUGCACCAGAACUGAAAUGGGAGCAGAUGGCGACGGCCCCUGUUCCUCGUCUUGAUGGGUCAGCGAUACAGAUUAAGAAUCUUCUCUACGUGCUUGCUGGAUAUGGUACCAUCGACUACGUGCAUUCUCAUGUUGAUGUCUAUAACUUUACGGACAAUACAUGGGGUGGAAGGAUUGAUAUGCCAAAGGAAAUGGCUCAUUCACAUUUAGGAGUGGCAUCAGAUGGGAGAUACAUCUACAUAGUCAGUGGACAAUAUGGUCCACAAUGCAGAGGGCCGAUAACUCGUUCAUAUGUGCUGGACACAGAGACAAAACAGUGGGGGAAGUUGCCCCCUUUACCAGUACCCAGGUAUGCCCCAGCAACUCAAAUUUGGAGAGGUAGGUUACACGUAAUGGGUGGCAGCAAGGAGAAUCGCCAUACACCUGGAUUAGAGCAUUGGAGUAUUGCUGUAAAGAAUGGAAAAGCAUUGGAGAAACAGUGGCGAAAUGAAGUGCCCAUUCCCCGUGGGGGGCCCCACAGAGCCUGCAUUGUGGUGGAUGAUCGGCUUAUUGUUAUUGGUGGGCAGGAGGGUGAUUUUAUGGCCAAACCUGGAUCACCUAUUUUCAAAUGCUCCCGAAGGCAUGAGGUUCAAUAUGGUGAUGUCUAUAUGCUUGAUGAUGAGAUGAAGUGGAAAACCUUGCCCCCCAUGCCAAAACCUAACUCUCAUAUAGAGUUUUCAUGGGUUUUAGUCAAUAAUUCUAUUGUUAUUGUUGGAGGCACAACACAAAAGCAUCCUGUAACCAAGAAGAUGAUUCUGGUUGGAGAAGUUUUCCGAUUUAAGUUAGAUACACUGAAGCUUUGCUACGAUAUUUACAUGUAUCCAUUCUGGCUUCGAAAAAUAAUACUUACCAGUGGUUCAUGAAGCUGUCUAUAGGAACCACAGAGAACAAUUUUAAUACCCUAACCACCACAUCAACAUCCAUUCAGUUUUGUUGAUCACCAUCAGAAAGGGAUACUUUGGCUUCAAAAACAAUGCUAUAUCUCUCCUUCUGCACAACCCAGCAAAGUGAAAAUGGUAGAAAGUUCCAUGGGACUUUGCUUCCCUUUAGGUCCUCUUGUAUUAUUACAAGCUUCACUGAAAUUAAAUGCUUAUUCGGUACAAGAGUUUCAUCUAGGUGUACAAUAACCAUUUGCAACCUUCAAUAUGUAAUUUGUAUCAUUGACCUCUUUUUUCCACUUCCAUGCUGGAUAUGUAAUUUGUAUCUAGGUGUACACAAAUUCAUUCUUUCAUGUCUUCUCUCUCUACUCUAGAAAGCUCUUUGGUUGCCUACGCUUGGUUGCUCCAGAGAACUUGCAGCAAUUUUAUUUAUAAUAACUCUUUUUUGAUAAAUAACUUUUAUUUGUUAUAAUAAGAUAUCCUAUUGAUGAAGAUUAUCUUUA